CCCAGCUGGACUAAGAGGGUUCGCGUAGCCUCUCUGGUCGGCCCUGAGAGGGCGCGCGGCCUGGCCCCCGCUGAACAGCGUUAGGGAGUUGCUUCGAGUUCUCGUCGGCUUUCCGACUCGCUUUCCUUCCCCUCUGGAAGCCGAGCCUUCAGGCCCUUUGCUGCUGCGUCUACGGCCGCUCGCAAGCUGGGAUUCGAGUGUCCGCGAAUAACCGGAAGUGCCGCUCGCAGGCCGAGGGGCGGCUCCGGGGCUGCCGGGAGAGGGAAGAAUUAAGUGUUGUGAAUAGUUCAGAAGAGACUUUUUGGAGCAGAAAGAGAAGGCUGUCAAGUCUUUUGUGUUUCGGUUUGGAAAUACAAAGUAAGAAAUUAACAUAUAUGAUGUUGGAAACUUGUGAAGAACAACUUUGUAUGACUGAAAGGCUUGAAACAGAUGUAUCUUCCACAUUCUCAUCAAGAAAAUGACUACAAAAGCAGUGAUGGGUCAGAUAGACCAUUGGAAAAUUUCCUAGGAGAGAGCCAUAGAAAAUGUACACUUCAGAAGAGAGAUGUAAUCAGAGAACUCAAAAAAAGAAAAUACAUCAUGUAUGCUCUCAGAAAUAAAAAGAUUUUUAUUCAUAUGCAUGAAAUUACUCAAAUAGAUAAUCAAAUAUUCCAGUGCCUUGAACGUGGACAAAAUUUCUGUGAAAACUUAGCUCUUAUGUGUGAGAGAACCCAUACAGGGGAAAAACCCUAUAAAUGUGAUAUGUGUGAGAAAACCUUCAUCCAAAGCUCAGAUCUUAUUUCACACCAGAAGAUUCACAAUUAUGAGAAACCAUAUAAAUGUAGCAAGUGUGAAAAGAGCUUUUGGCACCACUUAGCCCUUUCAGGACACCAGAGAACGCAUGCAGGUAAAAAAUUCUAUACAUGUGACAUUUGUGGCAAGAAUUUUGGUCAGAGCUCUGAUCUGCUUGUCCACCAGCGAAGCCAUACAGGCGAAAAACCAUAUCUAUGUAGUGAGUGUGAUAAAUGCUUCAGUAGAAGUACAAACCUCAUAAGGCACCGAAGAACUCACACAGGUGAAAAACCGUUCAAGUGUCUGGAGUGUGAGAAAGCUUUUAGUGGGAAAUCUGAUCUCAUUAGCCACCAGAGAACUCACACUGGUGAAAGGCCCUACAAAUGUAAUAAGUGUGAGAAAAGUUAUCGACACCGAUCAGCCUUCAUUGUACAUAAAAGAGUUCAUACUGGAGAGAAGCCCUAUAAGUGUGGUGCCUGUGAAAAAUGCUUUGGGCAGAAAUCGGACCUUAUUGUGCACCAGAGAGUCCACACAGGUGAGAAGCCGUAUAAAUGCUUGGAAUGCAUGAGAAGUUUUACUCGGAGUGCCAACCUAAUAAGGCACCAGGCUACUCAUACUCACACUUUUAAAUGCCUUGAAUAUGAGAAAAGUUUCAACUGUAGCUCAGACCUUAUUGUACGUCAGAGAAUUCACAUGGAAGAGAAACCACAUCAGUGGUCUACAUGUGAGAGUGACUUCCUCCUUGGUAUGGACUUUGUUGCCCAACAGAAAAUGAGAACUGAAACAGAAGACCUGCACUACAAAUACAGUGUAUGUGAUAAAAACUUUCAUCAGAGCUCUGCCCUUCUUCAACAUCAGGCAGUACACAUGGGUGAAAAACCAUAUAUCUGUAAUGUGGGUGAGAAAGGUCUUGAGCUUAGUCAUCCCCGUGCUUUGGAGGCCUCACAUAUGUCUUGAUCAGACAAGAAGUUUUACUAUAAGAAGUGUAUUUACAUGGUAAAGAACUCAUUAAGAUGAAUAUUAAGUGAAUAUCAGACUUUGAUGAGAGCUCAGACUUCAAUGGGGACCAGACAGCCCAUGGUUAUAGGAAGUGUGAAAAAUGUUAAUAACCAGAGUUGUGCUAACAAAACAUCUUGCCACUCACUUCAAAGAGAAACUGCAGUUGUCCUGAGUGUUGGAAAAACUAGUGUGAAUUUAAAUUUGGUCACAGGAAGAUUUGUGUAGGUAGAAAAUUUUUCCUCUGCAGUCAAUAUGAGAGCUUUCAGCCCUCAUUGCAAGAGAAUUCACCCCAGAGAACAACUUUUUAAAUGCCUUCAGUGUCAGUAGUAUGUACGUGUCAUGGGACAUCAGAAAAACCCAUUCUGGGGAAAAGCCCCUGCAAGUGUGGGGAAAAAAAUCUAACAACUCUGACUUUCUUACCUAGCAGAGAAGCCAUACUGGUGAAAAGUUGUAUAUAUGUCCUGAGUGUGGCAGAAACAUUAGUUGGAGAGCCUUACUUGGGUUUGUACACAAAACAAAAACCAGUUUUGAGGAAAGGCCCUACAGGGGUUUUAAAUAAAGCCUGUCAGUGAUCAGUACUUGGGGCAUAUAGGGGAACUCAUAAGUAAAAAACCCAUGAAUACCUUGAAUCUGAAAAAGGUUUGCUAGAAGCUUCUGUUUUUAUUGGGCCCCAAAGAAUCCAUUCUGCCAAGAAGUUUGCUCCAAGUGAAAUAUCUAAUUGUGGGUGAAACAUCUAUGUAUAUAUAACAUGUAUGAGAAAAAUUGUUCUCACAGUUAGUUGACCCAUAUUGUAGUGAUAACUUUGAAUGGGAGUCAGUAUGGGAAUUGUUUUCUAGAUCCCAGAAGCUUGUUGUGGGAGAAGCUAGGGCAGGUCAGGGUAGACCUGAAGGGUAACUCAGGUGAAGAUGCUUUUCUUAUGUCUGAACCACUUAAUAAUUGCUUUAAUUUUACUUUAAUCAGAAAUCCAAUUAACACAGGACCUCAUACCUUGGGCUAGAACAUGUGGCUUGUGUUACUUUUGGGGGAAAAAAUUUUAAUUUUUGCCUCAGGAUAUUUUGUCCUUGGCUGGAAUAGGCCUAGUGUUGGUAGUAAUAUGGGAGCCUUUUACUAGCUGUGAAAGGAACUGAGAAGCUAGGGAGCACUUAUCCUAGGUCAGAACACUCCCCCCAUCAGUUACUUCGUAGAUAAAUUUCAUAAAAAGGCAAAGUCUCUUUAACUGUGUCCACAGUUUGAGGUAUACCCUCAAUUUUUAAAAAAUAUCUUAGUUUUCAUCAGUAUUUGACAUACUGGAUUUGUGGAUUUCUUUCAACUCAAAAUCCAGACUCCAGGAUAAUGGUUACACUGUCAGUGUCUGUAUUUUUGGAUUGGAUUUACCAUCUCUCUCAUUGAUCAAUCCUCUUAGUUGGCUCUGGCAAAAUGGCCAGGGGAAGGUUGAAAGAAAAAUAUGAGCCUGAGUAAAAAGACAUAGGGGUUUAUUACUAACGGAGGGGCAAAGGUUUUCAUUUUGUGUGUCUUGACUCCAAAGCAGGUGUUCUUUCACUCUGGUUAUCCUGAUGUUUAGCAAGUUGAGCCUCAUAAUGAUCCAUUUUUUUUUAUUUAUUUCAGUUCUGCCAAUGAAAGAGAAAAAAUACCUUUUAACCCCAGGGAAAGGAUUGUACUUACCACAAAAUAAGGUAUAUUUUGGCUUGGAAUACAGGACUGUAAAUGCUAGAAGGGAAAAGUAGUUUGGCAAAUUCACCAUACGUUCAAGGACAAAACACUUGUCUCCAAUUUAACAGGGUAAUUAUGAUAUAUCUUUUUUUAUCUUUAACAUUCUUUAGAAAUACUGUUAUCCCUGCAUGUAUAAAUAUGCACUUCUUAGAUUUUGGUUUCUUUUUUUUUUUUUUUUUUCUCCCUUACAUUAAAAGACAAAAACCCUUUGUAUAUGGUACUCUGGACUGGUGAACAAAUAUUUUGUUGAUAAUAUAAAAUGAGUUCUCAUUUUUUGAGUUUGAUUUACCUGAGACCAAACUCCAGAACAUAUUAGUGUUUAGGUUCAUGGAGUGGGCAAACUAUUACCUUCAAUAGGGCUAUAAGCUUUGAUCCUAAUGGCUAGUUGGUGAACAUAAUAAUCUUAGUGCCAGUGGCUAUAGCUCAUAAUGAUGAUAAAGAAUUUGAUUCAUUUUGCUUCUUUUAGGAACAAGUCUUAAAAAUUUAUUUGAUCUGACAUGUUUCAUUAAUUUUUAUAAAUAGCUGUUGUACCAUGAAAUGUUGCCCAGUUGAUAAAGCACACAAGGUGUAUUUUUUCCCUUUGGUGAAAAUAAUGCCUAUUACAAUAAAUUUAACAGUUAUAACACUUAAAGUAAUAUUGGGUGUAUUGCAUGGCAGUGAUGAAAAUUAGUCCUUAUGGUUACUUAGUAGAGAAAUCUUGAAGAAGAGGACAAGAUUGGUAUCACUAACAGGACAAUGACUUCUUUCAACUAAUUUUUGGUAAUUGUCUCUAGUCUUUAAUGAUGGACCAUCUUUCACAUAGAGAACUUCGGGGAUAUAAAAACAGGUCUGAGGGGUUUUAACCAUGGGGGAAAUGGCAUUGAUAUCGUAUAGUGUCACCUGAGGUUGGAGAGGACCACUGGGGAGCCUGUAAUCAAAACUAGAAGGUAAUUUCUAUGAUGGAUGGAGGUUCCUUCGAAGCAGUGCCAACCUAAAUCUACCUCAGGUAAGUAGUUAGAAUAACUUUUUCAAGAUUUCAGACCAAAUGAGCUAUGUUGUAUUCAGUCAGUGUAUUCAUAUGCUUUAAUGCUUUUGUUUUCCCUUAAUUCUUGAAUAAACAUUUGCUCUCAAAAACUCC